UAUAGGCUAUACUAUACUUUAGUCUAUAUUAGGCUAUACUAUAACAAAUAGCAUCUGAUAUAAUGCCAUUAAGACACUUGUAAAGUGCUGGAAAAUAGAAAUGCACCUGGAAAGUGCUUAAAUUUGACUUUAUUUCAUUUAUUUUUUAUUGAUUAAACAGGGGAGUAUAUAUUUAUUUAUUAAACAGUAUACUUGAGAAUUAACAACAACAAUCAAUCAUGUACAUUAAGUUUGGCAAAGGUGUACGAAUCUUAAUUAUUGGGCUGGCUUGAUUGGCUCGUUGUGUUGCGAACACCUGGCAACCUUGCUGCGUAGCGGUUGUUUGGCGUGAAGAGAUCCAAACACAACACCACGAGCUUUUAAGCAGUUUUAAAGACAUUUCAGUGUGAUUUUCCUCUAGUGAAUGUUUAUUCAGGAGCUCAGAGAUGUUUGAGAAAGUGCGGAAAAGCGCGUAUGAUGUGGAGGAGUUCAGAAAAACCGCGUUCAGGAGAAGAUCAGCUGGAUUAAAUGUGGAGAAGAAGAAAAAGGUCAGACGCGGAUCCGUUCCCGGAUCCCAGGGAUCUGCUGGUGCUCAGGUUGAAGAUUCGGCUUCGAGUUUUCUGAAAGACGCAAGUUCAGUGUUGAGAAAGUCAGCGGUUUACAGCGUUUCUGCAAUGCCUCCUCCAGCAGUGCUUCCCAAACCCAAAUUCCAGUGUCCGCCGAAGAUUUCAGCUGCAAAUGUAAUCGACGGAGAGCAGACGGACAAUGAUAAAACCAGAGAGAGGACAACUUCUGACCAGAGUGCUUCUUCAGAGUGCGCAGCGUCGUCAUUUUCGGCUUCGGAUCAGAGCUCCGGUUGGGACGUGUGGUCCGGCUGGUGGUCAGAAGAGGUCAGAGGUCAACAGGAGGAGUCCGGCAGGGGAAACGGUGCGUCGGUGGAGAAGGAGGAGGAGCAGAGCCGAUGGAAGCAGGACGGUCUGAAUGAAGACAUGGAGAAUGAUGAAGAUAAACCCAGUGUGGAGAACGAUGAAGACCAGCAGGAGCAGGUGAAUAAACUCAAGCUCUUCAAGAUCUCCAGUGAACUCCUGCAGACGGAGAGAGCAUACGUCAGCCGACUGCAUCUGCUGGACCAGGUGUUUUGUGUCAGACUCACUGAAGAGGCUCUGAAGGGCUCGUUCCCAGUGGAUGUGGUGAAGGGAAUCUUCUCUAAUGUGGGCUCCAUUUACACCUUUCACAGUCAGUUCCUGCUGCCUGACCUGGAGACACGCAUGAGCCAGUGGGACUCAAAGCCACGGGUCGGAGAUGUUCUAGCUCAGCUCGCGCCCUUCCUGAGGAUGUACGCAGAAUACGUCAAGAACUUUGACAGCGCCAUGGAGCUGCUCAAACUGUGGAUGGAGAGAUCCACACAGUUCAGCGCCAUCAUUCAGGACAUACAGAGCCAGGAGGUGUGUGGAAGUCUGACUCUCCAGCAUCACAUGCUAGAGCCGGUGCAGAGAGUUCCUCGAUACGAGAUGCUGCUUAAAGAUUAUCUAAAGAAACUUCCAGAGGAUGAUGAAGACCGCAGUCAAGCCCAGAAGUCUCUGAACAUCAUCUCAAUGGCCGCCACACACUCCAACAUGGCUAUUCGCAAGAUGGAGAACCUGAAGAAGCUGAUGGAGAUCUAUGAGAUGUUGGGAGGUGAAGAAGACAUCGUAAAUCCGUCUAACGAACUCAUUAAAGAAGGACAAAUCCUGAAACUGGCUGCCAGAAACACCUCGUCCAUGGAGAGAUACCUUUUCCUGUUUAACAAUAUGUUGCUGUACUGCGUGCCCAAGUUCAGUCUGGUGGGCCAGCGCUUCACUGUGCGCACGCGGGUCCGAGUCGAGGGCAUGAAAGUGCUGGAAACGUCCAAUGAAGAUUAUCCACACACUUUCCAGGUGUCCGGAAAAGAGCGAACACUCGAGCUGCAGGCCAGCUCACAGCAGGACAAGGAGGACUGGAUAAAGGCGUUUCAGGAAACCAUUGAAAUCUUUCAGCAGAAAAAUGAGACGUUCAAAUCAGCCUGUAAAGAAGCGACAGAUGAGGUGUCUAAAGAAGAAUUGGGCAAACGAGCCCCGCGCUGGAUUCGAGACAAUGAAGUGACCAUGUGCAUGAAAUGUAAAGAGCCCUUCAACGCUCUGACCCGCAGGAGACACCACUGCAGAGCCUGUGGAUAUGUUGUGUGCUAUAAAUGUUCGGACCAUAAAGCAUCGCUGAGGUACGACAGCAACAAGUUAAAUAAGGUGUGUAAGGACUGUUACCACAUUCUGACCGGCAGAGCGGACGCUGAGGAGCCAGUUUGCGGGAAGAAAAAAGGAAUUCUUGAGAUUGAAGCGGCUCAGGUGUCAGGAAACAGUUUUCUGUGUGGCUUCCUGCAGUACAGUGACAGAACUAAACCGUCUCAGAGGGUCUGGUGUGUGAUACCGCAGCAUGAUGCACUGGUGCUGUACCUGUAUGGUGCACCGCAGGACGUGAAAGCCCUGUGCACCAUCCCGCUCUUGGGUUACCAGGUUGAGGACGUCCAGAGGUCUGUGGAUCAUCCUCCAACCGGUUUCCGUCUAUGCCAGUCCAAAUAUAUCCACUGCUUCACAGCCGAAACUGAAGAAGUGAAACUGCGAUGGCUGAAAGUUAUACGCAAAGCUGUGAUUGGAGAAAUGCCAGAAUGCCAAACACCAGUCGACGGAGAUCUUGUCAAUGGCUGCCAUGAAGGUGCAACUGAUGGUACCUGAAAAAAAAAAAA